UAAGCUGGUCACGCAACGUCGAAAGCCAUCCAAGAGGCUUCUCAGCCAUGGCGAGCUUGGCGCAGAAAUUCUUCGCCACAAGCCGCUGCCAGGCGCUGCGCGGGGUCCAUGCGCAGGCGAGGGCAAAGGGCAGCCUGGCGUCGCUGGUGAGCCAGGCCGGGCUCUCCCAGGCAUCCCGGGUGGCAGUGGCAGCGCCACAGCAAGGGGUCACCUGGAGCUUCGGUGAGCUCAGCGAGAAGGCCUCCCGAGUCGCUGGAUGGCUCUCGCAGCGCAAAGUCGGGCCCGGGUGCACCGUGGCCACGGACCUGCCCAACUCCGUGGAGAAUUUGCUGCUGCAGGUGGCCUGCUCUUGGCUCGGUGCGUCGGUGGCCACUGCGAAGGACGAGGCUGCCUUGGCAGAGCUCGAGAAGGUCACAGAUUUGCGGCUGGCAGUGACGCACAAAGCCGGGGACUCCGUGAACCCAGCACUCGCCAAGUAUCCGCUCCCUGAGGAGGCAGUGUCUGUAGACCUGGACGGAUCUCUGCCUAUGGGAGACCCGGUGAACAUGCAGCUGGGGGAUGUGUUUGCGUAUUGGUCCAGCACCAAAGCCCUGACCAAUGCGGAGGCCAUCGACGUACUAGGCGCAGCAGCCAAAGCGCGCCUCGGCAUUGAGUCGGAGGACCGGGUGCUGGUGUCCAUCACGCUCUGCCAUGCCUUUGGCAGCACCGCAGUAAGCAGCGCCUGGCUGGCAGGUGCAGCAGUGGUUUUGCCUGGUGCCAGUGGCAUCCGUGGUUGUGGCAGUCCUAGCCAGCGCGCAGAGGCGACUCUCUCUGCCUUAGUGUCAGAGCGCUGCAGCCUGCUCUAUGCAGACGUGCACACCCUCAAGGCGCUGCCGCCCUAUCAGGAAGACCUGGCCUUGCGCGGCGGCCUCUGCAAGGUGGGGAGCGGCUCGGACUUUUUGGAGGAGGUGAAGGAGGCAAAGCUUGGGCGCGACGGUGAGAUGCGGGCUUUGGAGUACGCUGGCGUGCCACUGGUGGCCGUGGGCAAGAAAAGCUGAGGGCACUCGAAAGGCUCAGGCGGUUAAAGCAACAUGCUCCAAGUGGGGCGUGUCUUUUUUGAGGGUACCAUAGGGUACCCCUUUUUGGUUCCAAAGGGACACCACCCU